AUGGGUCACUCUGCAGGUCUGCGAUCCGGCACGCGCUAUGCGUUCAGCCGCCAGCACCGCAAGAAGGGCAUGAUCGCUCUGGGCACGUACAUGAAGACAUACCGAGUCGGUGACAUUGUCGAUAUCAAAGCAAACGGUGCCGUCCAGAAGGGUAUGCCCUACAAGGUCUACCACGGCAAGACGGGCGUCAUCUACAACGUGACGAAAUCCGCCGUCGGCGUCAUCGUCUACAAGAAAGUCGGCAACCGAUACAUGGAGAAGCGAGUGAAUGUCCGUGUCGAACACAUCGCCCACUCGAGAUCGAGAGAGGAAUUCCUGACCAGAGUCAAGUCCAAUGCCCAACGCCGUCGCGAGGCCAAGGAGAAGGGUGAAUCCGUCCAGCUGAAGCGCAUGCCUCAGGGUCCCCGAGGCUCACACACUGUCGAUUUCUCAGAGGUCGAGAGUCUGGCGCCUCAACCGUACGACACUCAUAUCUAA